AUGUAUACCACCUCUCCGGUAAAUUCGCCUCAGCAAAGUCGCUCACCACCCCCUAGUGGUCCCACGUCUGCUCGGGCUUGUCAGUCGUGUCGGACGGCAAAGAUCCGAUGUAGCCGCGAGCUUCCGUCGUGCCAAUCCUGUGUUGUGCGUGGUAAAGAACGAGUGGGCACCAAAGCUUGGUUUGUGAGCCGUGCCGAAACGCCAAAACGCGAUGCAGUGGGGAAUUACCUUCAUGCAAAGGUUGUCUUGGAGGGAGGGCUCCAAAGACUUGCACUUACAAGACCAGCCGCCAAGGCUCGCAGACUGUGUCGCCUCGAAUAG